GAGCCGCUGUGUUUCCAGCCUCGAUAGCGGGCUAGCGGCGUUAGCAAGCACCAAACUUCUGUCUUUACGUUACAGAGCCUGGUGUUGUAAAAAGAGGCACGUUAAAUACACGGAAAUCUGCUUAAACGAGUCCACGGACUCGAGUAACGGACGAGUGGUGGGAUUUGUAUGGUUUAUAGAAGGUGUUUGCUCGUUUCUUUUGUUUUUUUUUUUUUUUGCUUACUGGCGAAGUUAGCCAACUGUUGUCCAGGAGAGGUUUCAGACGCGGAGGAAGGAAGGAAGGAAGGAAACCGAUCAGUAGGAUCGCUGCUAGUGUGAGGCUAGUGUACACUUUUGGACUCCCGAGUUCACAUCUGUGACGCAUUUAGGAAAGGUGACUAUUUGUGCACCGACUGUGACAUUUGACACUAUUUGGUUAAUUGGAUAUGCUGUUUGUUGGUACACCCUGCUGUUAGCAACACGUCUUGGCUGGCUAGCAUCACGGCGGGCGAGAGCUAGCCCGCUAGCCGCAAACUUCUAAAGAAGUUGUGGAAGACCGAUUUGGUUUUAGCUGUCUUGAUUGGUUUGGGUAAUUAGCUGACCGGGGAUUUAAACUCUGUCCGGCUCUUCUCACGCUGAGCCGCUCUAGCGACAGGACUCAUGGCCUCGGAUGUGCUUGAGAGUGAAGGGGUUUUGAAGGGUGUGAGUGAUACGAGUUUGAACAAUAGAAGCCCAGAUAUUGGCACACCCAGGAGGACUCGGGAGGACAGGCAUACUUCCAGCCCCUCGUCUUCCGGAGUGUCGGGAGAAGGCGACGACGAGGACUUAAACGGACUGCAAAGUAGCAUAGCUUCCACAGUCGAAAAUGGCGAAGAAGCUUUUCAAGGCAGCCUCACCGAAACUAGAGGUACGCCACAGGAAAGGACAACUCCAGACAAUGCGCAGAAGCGGCCCGGGGAGAGGAGCUCUACCCCGGUGAGCCUGCCCCAGCCCCGCUCACCAUCUGGACCCAUUGGAAGCCUAGAGCGCCAGGAGUCCGUCGCCACAACAGAAGCCCGGCUGAGGAUGGAAGGAGUUGAACUUAAGGAAGAGUGGCAGGAUGAAGACUUUCCGCGGCCCCUCCCCGAGGAAGAGGAACUGGACGAUGAACUUUUCGCAGGAAGCUCUGAAGAGAGAGAACCGGGCUAUGCCAUGAACCAUGACAAGAAAGCCAAGAAAAAACUUCCAGCACCGGACAUCAGUCUUACACUCGACCGCAGUGAAGGUUCGCUUCUCUCUGAUGAGCUGGAUGAAAGCACAGAGCUGGACCUCGACGAGAUAGACACACCCUCAGACAACAGCAAUGAGUUUGAAUGGGAAGAUGAUCUCCCUAAGCCGAAAACCACAGAGCUGCUACAGAAAGGUGUAGAGACGGUGCAGGAGUAUUCGGCCAUGGACGAGAGGGAGGAGGGUCGCCGCUGGAGGGUGUUUCGUAUCGGAGACCAGGAUCACAGAGUGGACAUGAAAGCCAUUGAACCAUACAAGAGAGUUAUCAGCCACGGAGGUUACUAUGGGGACGGUCUGAACGCCAUAAUCGUGUUUGCUGUGUGCUUUAUGCCUGAGAGCAAUCAACCAAAUUACAGAUACAUCAUGGACAAUUUAUUCAAGUAUGUCAUUGGCACACUGGAGCUUUUGGUUGCUGAGAACUAUAUGAUUGUGUAUUUAAACGGGGCGACCUCCCGGAAAAAGAUGCCAACCGUGGGCUGGCUGAGAAAGUGUUAUCAGCAGAUUGAUAGGAGGUUACGGAAGAACUUGAAGUCUUUGAUAAUCGUGCACCCGUCGUGGUUUAUUCGCACCCUUCUGGCACUCACAAAGCCAUUUAUAAGCUCCAAAUUUAGUCAGAAAAUCAAGUACGUGUACAGCUUGACAGAUCUUGCCGAGCUGGUUCCAAUGGAGUAUGUGUCAAUACCAGAUUGUAUCAAACAGUUUGACGCCGAAAAAAAUAGGAAAAGCCAUAAAAGAAUUGACCAGAAUAUGCACGGCAAAGCGGAGAUGGCAGCUGCUGCUCCAGAGUGAACCUGCUCACACUGCAAUGUGGAGGAGAGUGAUGAAGACUGUAACUGCAGACACUCCUCUGUUCAUGUUCUGGGCGACGUGGCUGGAGACUUCUUUGCAUCAGGAGAGUGCCUUUUUGAAAAUCUGCUGCCUGUUACAACUCUUUGCUGUAUUUUUUUGCGCCAAGCAGCUUGAUCAUGAGCAUUUUGUCCACAUGCUGUUUGAAAUGUUUUUAAUCAUUUUUAUUUACCCUUGUAUAUCAUGUCAAACCUAUCAGAUUUUUUUUCCUUAGUUACUGGUGUAUGUACACUUUAUUUAAGGCACUCUGUUACAAGUGGUUGAUGCAUGUUCUGCUUUAUUACCUUUAAAUAUAUAUAUUUAUAUUCAAUGGGUGUCAAAGGAGAGAAAUUAAUAUAUUUUUAUUGUUAAUCAUUUGGGUUUUAAACUACAUUUUAGGUCUCUGGCCCAUCGAGUGGCAUUUCAUACAACAAUUUACAACGACACCUUUUUUUCAUUGUUCACUGCUGAUAUUCACUGUUAAAGUCCUGCCUGGGAAAAAUAAAGUUUUAUUAUUUUUUGUUUA